AUGGAUAGAUUUAAGGAAGCUUUAGAAUAAUUUGAAUUAUCUAUAAAUACAAACCCAAAAAUCUCAGUUUACUACAAAAACAAAGGUAUCAAAAGUAGAAACAAACUUUUAGCCCAUACAUUAGAAAAAAUGAAUAGAUUUGAAGAAGCGUUAAACAAUUAUGAUUCAGCUAUUUAGAAUAACCCUGAAAAUUCAGAUUACUAUUAUAACAAAGGUAAAAUAAUUUCAAAUCUUUAUAAAGCAUAUACUUUAGAUAAAAUGAAUAGAUUUGAAGAAGCAUUAGAAUAUUUUGAUUCAGCUAUCCAGAAAAACCCAGAAGAUACAGUAUAUUACAAUGAUAAAGGUAAAAAUGAAUCCACAUUAUUAAAAAGCAUACACAUUAGUUAAAAUGAAUAGAUUUGAAGAGGCCUUAAAAAAUAUUGAUUCAGCCAUUCAAAAUAGCCUUUAUGCCUCUGACUGUUAUAAUAACAAAGGUAGAAUUUAUGCAGUAUUUGACUUAGCUUAUACUUUAAUGAAAAUGAAUAGAUUCGAAGAAGCUUUAUAAUAUUAUAGUUUGGCUAUUGAGUAAAAUCCUAAAAAUUCAAACUAUUAUUUUAACAAAGGUAUAGUUAACUUAGAUUGCAAAUUAGCUAUGACACUAGAAUAAAUGAAUAGAUUUGAAGAAGCAUUAUAAAAUUAUGAUUCAGCUAUUAAAUAAAAUUCUAGCAAUUCAGACUAUUUUUAUAAUAAAGGUAAUAAUUCGUUAUCUUUUCUAAGCAUGCACUUUAGAGAAAAUGAAUAGAUUUGAAGAAGCUUUAGAAAAUUAUGAUUUAGCUAUUUAGAAAAACCCAGAUGAUUCAGUUUAUUACAAUAACAAAGGUAUUAAAAAUUUAAUCGAAUUUUAGCUCAUACAUUAGAAAAAAUGAAUCGAUUUGAAGAAGCUUUAGAAAAUUAUGAUUCAGCUAUCUAGAAUAAUCCUGAAAAUUCUUUUUAUUAUAAUAACAAAGGUAUAUGUAGUUGAGAUAUUUAUCAGCUAUUACUUUAAAACAGAUGAAUAGAUUUGAAGAAGCUUUAGACUACUAUGACUCAGCGAUUUAAUAAAACCCUAAGAAUUUAGACUAUUAUUAUAACAAAGGUUAAUAAUUUAAUAUGAUUAUUUCCAAUAGCUAUUACGUUAGUUUAGAUGAAUCGAUAAGAAGAGGCAAUGACAUCUUAUAAUUCAUCAAUUUACAAUAACUCUGAAAAUGUAAAUCAAGACAAGAACAGAAUAGAACAAAUGUUUUUUGAACCUAAUUGA